AUCAAAGCUCAAAAUUUUGAAAAUAAAAAUAAAAAAUAAAAAAGAAGUAUGAAAUAAAUUUUUUUCCACUCUUCCAUAUUUAGUGUUCAUCAAAAUCAUAUUUAGUGUUCAUCAAAGUCAUGUUCGUUUAUAAAUAAGAAAAAAGUUGUGAAAUGUUUUUUCUAGUUAUUAUCCAUCAAAUUUAUAACCUUCACUUCAAUUUAAUCAAUGCUAAAAGAAAGCAAAAUGAUUAAAAGAAGAAGACUAAGAAAAUAAGAAGCGUGAGUUGCGAUGAAUUUUUAUUUAAUUAUAUUUUAAGUGUCUUUCAAAUUAGUAUUCUUUAUUACUAUAAAAGAAUAUGGUAAUAAUUAUUAACAAAAGAAUAACUUAUAUAACAAAUAGAGUUAUAAAAUAUGUACAUAUUUACAUGUUUCUGCUUUUGAUUAGUUUUGUUCGGUUUAUUCGGUUUAAUCAGUUAUAAACCAAACCAUAUUCAAAUCUUACAGUUUUUAUAAAAUCAUAUCCAUUUGGUUUUAUAUGGCAUAUACCAAAACCACACUAUAUUGUCUAUUUCGGUUCAGUUCGUUUUACCAUAUUGGACAAGCCUAAGUGAUAUCAAGAUCUACAACUUGAAGUAUAACUAAAUCUUUUAUUGUUAUAUAAUCAGGUAUCAAACCGUUCGUACAAACUAAAUUAGAAAGAGGGUUGACUUUGGAAGAUAUAAAAGUAUCACAAAUUACCACUACUAAUCAUUUAAAAGGGAACAAAAUGUAGCUUCCAAUGUAACAUCUUGACCUGGUCGCGAAGACUUAUGAUCAACAGCCUGGAAAUUCAUUUGGCAAUUUCAUCAUAUAUUAGAAUAAUAAUUUAAUGAAAGUGAUGUAUGUAACUAAGAAAACUCGAUCGUGAUCUCCUAACAUAUCUACGCGUUAAACAUUAUGACAUGGUUAUACUUGGACAAUAUAAAUCGACAAACGAUACGACCAUAACAAAAACUUUCGCCGUGUCUACAAAAAAAAAUGGAGCUAUUCACGAAAAGUCCCGCCGUUAGAUUACGGAGCUGUCACGAAAAGUACCUCUUCGCCGCUGACGACGAAAAAACCAUCCGUCAAAGCUCAGACGGAGCCUCACGGCAAUCAGUGUGGACGGUGGAGAUGGUGCCACGUAAGCCUAACUUCAUCCGUCUCAAAAGCUGUUACGGCAAGUACUUAACGGCGAGUGACUCGUCGUUUCUUCUUGGCAUGACCGGCCAGAGAGUCAUCCAAACGCCGCCGUUUCGUCAGGCUGAGCACGAAAGCAACUGGGAGCCAAUCAGAGACGACUUGCCGGUGAAACUCAUGUCGUGGAACGGUAAAUAUUUGCGCGGGAACGGUGGAUCGCCGCCGUGGAAAAACUCCGUCACGCACGACCGUGAGCCGGCCAUGGCAGCAACGAAGAAAUGGAUCUUGUGGUCUAUAGAAACCGUUGAGAGUCCCGAGAAGGUUUCGUUCGCGGAUCGGUUUUCGUCGCCGGCUUCGAGUUUUAACUCUUCUGUCUCCUCCCACGAGUCAACCAACGAGUCAACGGAUAAAAAAUCAUUUAAAUAUGGAUCUUCCAACUCCAUAGGGUCGGAUCUUGGGUCGGUUUCUUCUCCGAAGCUUAUGUUUACUCCGACAGUGUCGGGGACAUUGUCUCCAAAACCGACCGAGAGGAAAGAUUUGAAGAAAAAUGUAUCAGCAAUGGACAUCUUUCGCGAUGCGAGAUCGGUGCGGUUACGAAGCAGCGCACACGAGAAGUAUCUAGUAGCAGAUGACGAUGAAGAGACUGUGAUAAUGGGACGAAACGGGUCAUCGAAAGAGGCCCGGUGGAGAGUUGAGUUGGUACCCGGGUCCGAAAAGACCAUCCGGUUAAAGAGCUGCCACGGUGGAUAUUUGACGGCGUCGAACGAGCGGUUGAUGCUCGGAGCGACGGGGCAUAAGGUGGUUCAGUCGAGGAGGAUUCGAACCGGUGAACCGGCGGGAGAGUGGGAACCGGUUAAAGAAGGGUCAAAGGUGAAGCUGAGAAGUAGAAACGGCGGGAAUUAUUUAAGAGCCAAUGGGGGAGUGCCACCUUGGAGGAAUACGGUUACGCAUGAUACGCCGAACCGGACUGCUACGCAGAGUUGGGUGGUUUGGGAUGUUGAUGUGGUCGAGAUUAUGGAGCGUUCUCAUGGGACCGGUUAAUUAUAUACUGGGUUCCAACUUCCAACUCCUAUAAAGUUCUGGAAAUUAGUUUUGUAAUAAUGAACUGGGCUCAAAAUCCGCUUACCCAGCCCAUAACAGAAACCAUAAACCACUUACAAAAUGUGUGAUUGAAUUUUUGAGUUAAAUACCGAAAAUGUUUUGUUUAA